AUGGUUAUGUGUUUGAAAACAGGUGGCACAGGCUCAUCUAGUGGACAAGGGACUACAUAUCACUACACCUUCCAUGGGGAUCCACAUGCCACCUUUGCUUCUUUCUUUGGAGGCUCCAACCCUUUCGAUAUAUUCUUCGGCUCUGGACGCCAGCGGGGAACCACCAAUGGCACUAAUGACCAUGGUGGCGAUCAUGACAUGGACAUUGACAUGGAUGGAGAUGAUGAUCCUUUCAGUUCCUUCAGCCACUUUGGCUUCAAUGGUAUCAAUGGUUUUCAUCACGGUGGAGGUCGAAGACAUCGUAAAGAGCCCCUUCACAGCAGCCGGAGGAAAGUACAGGACCCUCCGGUGGUGCAUGAGCUUAAAGUGUCUCUAGAGGAGAUCUUCCAUGGAUGUACCAAACGGAUGCGUAUCACUCGCAGACGACUGAACCCAGAUGGAAGGACAAUGAGGACAGAGGACAAGAUCCUUAACAUUGUUAUCAAGAGAGGCUGGAAGGAAGGGACCAAGAUCACCUUCCCCAAAGAGGGUGAUGAGACACCUGAGAACAUUCCUGCUGAUGUUGCAUUUGUGCUCAAAGACAAAGGACACCCACUCUUCAAAAGGGAUGGAUCCAACAUCAUUUACACAGCCAAGAUCGGUCUUAAGGAGGCAUUGUGUGGCUGUACAGUGAACAUUCCCACCAUUGACAACCGAGCAAUCACAUUGCCCUGCAACGAUAUCAUCAAACCAGGCACAAUCAAGAGACUACGUGGAGAAGGCCUACCUUUCCCAAAAAAUCAGUCUCAACGCGGGGAUUUGAUAGUGGAGUUCCAGGUGCGCUUCCCAGACAGAAUACCACCCCAGUCCAGAGAGAUCAUCAAACAGCACCUACCACAGUCUUAGAGGAAGUUCAGUGGAUACAUUGUAUGGUUAUGUUUUUCAAACACGUUUUCCCCAACAAUACAGACGCUGAAUUCGAAGAGGGACAAAUAUGUCAUAAGGACCAGAGGCUCAUUUAAAAUUUUGUUACAGUUUUACUUAAUUUAUUAUCAACUUCUCUGAACAUGUGGAACACUGACUUUUGGGAUGUUGAAGAAGUUUGUUAUGCCGAGGUCUGUGGCUUAUAACCAGGACUUUAUUUUUAGAAAUCUUUUUUUUUUUUUUUUUUUCUUUAGCAGUUUUUUUCUCGUUAUCAACGCGUUGAAGGUAAAUACAAAAAAGUCAAAAUGACUGAUUUGUUGAAUGGAAGGUUAAUAUUUUUGGUGUAAUGAUGGAGAUGAGGACCGCUGGCUAUUUACUCUGGAUUUGAAUCUGUUAUUUUGUAGCAGAUUAAAUUCCCUUCCCUUGUAAUAUUCGAUAAUCUCGAAUUCCCUUCCCUUGUAAUAUUCAAUAAUCUCGUUUUAAAAGAAGUGUUCUGUGUAAGACAACUAAAGCACCAGCAGAGCCAUUUGGUAACUAUUUGAUAUAUUUCCACUCCCUCAACAGUCUACAGGUGCUUUCUGGUAGUUCUUGAAGUACCAGGUACUGGCAAUUAUGCUAAACCUUUGGUGGGAUGAUUACAGGAUUUUUGAGGUCACAGAAAUUUUGAGUGCCUUAAUGUGGCUCAAACCAGCUAUUUUAGUUUUAUUAGCAUAGAUCUAUGGGUAUCAUUGAAACAAAUAUACUAAUUAGAUUAUUUUGUCAUUUCUAUACCCAAAAAUAAUGUAUGGUAGUAACCAUCAUUAAAAGGGAUAGUUUGCCCAAAAGAAUAAUUUGGUCAUGUAGUCAUCUUCAUGGUGCUCUUAAUAUAUGAUGUUAUUGUUUCUGUGAAAAACGAGGAGUUAGCUGGAAGGAUAUCCAGCUAAAAAGGGUUAAAAAGUACUGUAUUCUAAAGUAGAGGAAAGUUCUCUCUCUCUCUCUCUCUCUCUCUUAAUUUAACCAAGGUGCAAAGGGGAAAAAAGACAAAAACAUAAAAAAACAAAUCACCAUAGGCAAUAUUGUGUAUAGUCAAGUUAUAUUAUAAGUUUUAAGUAUUUGACACAUCACAUGGAUCAUACAAAAAAACAUAUCUUUGACCUAGACUGUCAAGUUAAUAUGUACACAACAUUUUACGACUUGGUCUGACAAACCGUCCUUGCUAACAGUUAUUCAUUAUUUCAUUGACUGAGAGAAGGAACAUUUCAGUGAAUAAUAAAUUCUGUGAAUAAUAAAUUCUGGUCUGUUUCUGUGUCAGGUUGUUUUGCCAAAGUUUGACAGCUGUAGUCAAGAACAUCUUAAAUACCACCUUUUGUGUUAAAUGGAAAAAUAACAUAAUUUGAGCUACAUGUGGGCAAAAUAAUGUUUAAAUAAUCUUUGAGAAGGGAUAGCUAUUGGAAAAUGCUCAUUCAUUUACUUUAAUAUACACCCCACCCCACGCGUUAAAAUACACUCAAACAUCCUCCGAAGUACAUGACAGUCUCAGUAAAUUAAAAUGACCAUUUUUAAUCCUAUAUGAAAAAAAUGAAAGUGAAUAGAAAAAGUAUGUUACUUUAUAUUGAUAAAACUGUUUGAAGAUUGAUCUGACACUGACACCUGUGGAAGUUUUUUUUUUUGAAACACAGGCCUUCAUUGUUCAGUAAGCACAGCUAGAGCUAGAGUUAUGAGGGAAUUGUUUUUUGAACAGCUUUUUACUACAGCAGUUUCGGUAUACUGUAUUUCACACUUUUAAACGUGAAAAAACUUGCAAUAGUUCUCUGUAUUUUAGUUUAGAUUUAUAUAAAGUGCAAAAUGUCCCUUUUAAUCUAUUUGUGAUGUACCAUCUUCCAUUAGUAACAGCAGUCUUUGAGUAACAGUAUUUUCGAUUUCAACAACAAUUUUAAUAUUUCCAGGGAUCCUUCCAGGAUAUCUCUUAUACAGUUGUAACUAUGUCAUUUAAAUCAUUACUGUAUUUGGUGAUAAAAUGAAAGUACGGAGGAACAUAACCUUUUUAAGGACUGGUGUCAUGUUGUUUUAUUAUGUGCUGGUCUAUUCUUGGAUUGUUGUACUCAAGAGAUUCUCACCAUUGUACUCAAGAGAUUUUUGGACAUCCACUUCUGUUUUGAAUUUGAAUGUCAAAUUGAAAAAUUCACAUGUUUAUUACUUCUGUCCUCAUGUAUGAGACAGUAUUAAAUGCAGCUUUCUGCACCCACUGGAGGAUAAAUCAAUGCAGCAUGCAAGCGGUGUGUUAGUUUCCUGUGAU